UUUAUAGAACCAGAGGACGAGCAUGGGGGUAUUGAUGCUUCUAAUCAACAAUCUCAACAUGAAGGUAAGUGAAAGAGGGCGUCAAGGGAGACACAAACUCAAGACGCAAAUAAACAGACUCCUAAAACAUUGGUGUAAUUAAGUUAUUGAGUCAACAUGCAUUCAUUUCGUUUAUUCAAAGUUUAUUCCUUCCCCAAAGACUGUUCAUCACACGAGGAACGAGGGCUACAUUGAGAGGGUGGUGAAAUUCAAACUUACUGCUUUUUUCGGUGGUUAUUUAAAUUGAAAAAUGUCCAUACUUGUGAAUCAUUCUUGUGUGUAUCUGAUUGUUUUACAGAGAUAGAGAAGGAUCUGGAUGAUGUUCUGCGUAAGGGUGAUUUCGAUGCGAUUGAUCAAACAGUGACUCCAAAAACCCUGGCAAGGUGUAAAACUAAUACCUUAAUCAAAUCUUUCCAGGUUGGUCUUUUAACUUUAUCUUUACCUAUUUUACCGGCAUAAUUUACUUAGGGCUGUUUAGCCAGAUCAAGUUACAAAAUUGAUCCUAAUCACAUAGAUUUUGUUUCACUUCUCCAUAUGAUUAGUUCGUCAUGCGCAUACCGCUCUCUCUACUAAUUAGCGUCAAAACUACAACCAAUUGUUACUUGUUCACUGUCUGAGAGUGUACUUGGAACCUUGAAGUAUCACUGACUUGCAGUUAUAUCUUGUUUUCUUUCUUAUUGGUCAUCGAGGUUUCAGUGUGCUAAUUUUCAAAGGACAAUUGAAAAACCUUCCUGCCAUCUUCAACAGCUGGAGGCUAAUAAGAAAUCAGAAACAACAUCAUCGAUUAAGAAAGAUGUUUUUUCGUCUUGUCAUGAGCGUGGGACAAAGAAAAAAAUUCUGAGUCCCCAUGAGGAAUCGAACCUCAGACCUUCGGAUUUGCGCCUCGAUGCUCUACCACUGAGCCACAAGGACUCUUCGGUGAGCGGUGUCUAUUACGAAGUUCUAAUGACACGCGUCCUGCAUACUGCUAGGAUCAGCAAUGUCGAUAGCGUAAUGUUUUUGACAGAAAAAUAGAGAUGGUAAGUUUUAAGCUCAGUGAAGAAUUAAGAAAGAUGUUUUUUCGUCUUGUCACGAGCGUGGGACAAAGAAAAAAUUCUGAGUCACCAUGUAGAAUCGAACCUUAUUUUUUAACGAUUCGUAAUUCUUCACCGAGCUUAAAACUUACCAUCUCUACUUUUCUGUCAACAUCAUUGAUUUUUACGAGCCGUUUCAUAAAAACGAUAACUUCAUUUCUUUUUAAACUUAGGUCAACAAAGCACUGCGAGAUUUAGCAGAUGGUGCAAACCCGGAGAAAGACGAUAUAGGAAAGCUUGAAAAAUCUAUGUGCGAGUUCACAUCAGCCAUGAUAGAUCCCCUUAAAGCCGACGCCGAUACCAGAAAUACAUUUCAAAGUUGUUUUGAUGAUCUGGUGGACAAGGCAAUUGACACGGAGCAGAAGAAGGUACUACACGGGUGAUAAAAAGGUUUCCAAUCAACACUUUAUGAUAUCCUUUACCCCUAAAGUCGAUUCUAGUGGGAAUGCUCUCGCCCAUCUGAACACACGGGUACCCUUACCCUUACGUGCUAUAUUGGGGACAUUGUUGUCUCUUUUCUUUCCUUACCAAUAACCACCAGUGAGGACGCUUUGUGUGCCACAUAAAGCCUCCUCACCGGUGGUUCUAUGGGUGUAAUAUCGGAUAUUACAAAGGGGAAAAUAUAUUUUCAAGAUUUAUGCACACAAUGUCACAGUAAACUUAGUGCUAAUUCAAUCAAUCAUGAGAAUUUGACGAAUUUUUUAAUUCGUUAAAGCGGUCGGAAAUAUUCCCAUACAAACUCUCAUAGUUCCGCCAUGACUGUUAUUGAUCAUGAUUAUUGAUAAUCUCACAGCUGGAGCUUGGGCCGCCUGUGAUUCAAUGUACAGGACGUCAUUUUUAUGUCUUUCUACUGUAUGUACAAAGAAACAAUUAAUCAAUUUCCAGUGAAAGAAAUUUAUACUCUAGUGAAUCUAUUGAAUAAUGUGACGUUAAACUGAAUGAUUUAAUGACACACAUCAGGCUGAACAUGCCCACCGCCGGGCGCCAUAGCUGAUCCGGCCAGAAAUUAGUUUUCAACUUGAAUUGUAUUACUUAUUCCUAAGAAAUCUUUCAGACCCUUGAUUUAGCAGCUCUAUUCUGUUGUAGAUCACAGUCGUGACGUCAAAAUGUGGAAAGAGCAAAAAGGUGGCACAUGACGCGCGGCCGGGUGUGUCACUGAUAUGUCGUUAGAAUUGUUUUGAAUUAAAUGAAGCCAAACGUUGUUAAUCGUGACGUCCCCUAUGAGGCUCUCCUCUGAUAAGUAAUAAGCAAAAACCAGUCCAAAUUCAGCUCAUUGCGUAAAAUAAUGUAUCGACGAAUUUUUUCGCAGUUCAUCUCUCACCCAGUGGUGUAUAACUUGCUCAACUCCAGAUGGUACCAAUCCUUUUUUCACGUAAGAAAAGAAUCAUGGCGGAAACCUCAACGCUGGGGAUACUUUUUUCUCAACCUCUGGACAGUGUUUGACAUCGUCUUUUUUCCCUUUCUCUUUGCCAUUUUCUUCGUCGUGCAUUUGAUAAAACAGGCCUUGAGGAGGAAAAGAGGUUUGUAAUAUCGUUUUGCUAGCAUUACAUGGUAAUGCGUUUUCAGCAAGCUCUAAAGUAUUCAAAAGGUUUGGGCCUGAGGGGGAGAGGGGUGAGGAGUGGAGGGUGAUGGCUUUUCUGUAUUUUAUUCCUAACUCCAUAAAACUGAGUUACCAUGCAAACUGAGUCCUCUCAACUGAAACAAUACAGGAGGCCUGGCUAAAACUAUGCGCGAGGUGCGGGUCACGUAUUUCUUCCCUGGCACGUGAAACGCGCUUCGUGCUUGCCCUGUGCUUGCAAAAAACUGCGCCAGUUCUGCAGGAUACAUCGUUCAAGGAGCGUUCACAGGCCCCGUAUUUGUUCCCCGUAUAGUUUUGAGAUUAGAUACAAGCAGCUACUGGGGAGUUGUUGAGGUGCUUUGUAUCAGUUGUUGCAUGUUUCCUUUAUUGAUCAGUGGUUUAAUCACUUAGCCUCUAAUGCCUCUUCGAUCAUUUUUCAGAAACUGAAAUAUGUUUUGUUUUAACGCUGGGCAAAGAUACCUCAAAAGAAGAAUUUAAUCUGAUUAAAAAGACGAUAAACUACAUUAUUGGUGAAUAUCGCUGCCACUCUGCCAAAUACUGUGUUGUUUUACAUGAAGACCACAAAAUUAUCGGUAACAUCAACUUUGAAGAGAGGUGCACUACUGAGGAUGCACUUCGAGCGAGGAUUAACCAGUUACAGCUGCCAAACUCUACCAGUUCACUCGGUGAAGAUCUUAUGGCCACCCGAGGUGCAUUCACAAACCAAACACUUGGAAAGGAGGCCAAAAAGGUGAGGAAUACAUGCGCGCAACCGUUUUCCCGGCGGAGCGCUGUCAAGUUUUGUCCCUUAACUUGUUCCUAUGGGCUCAUUUUGCAGUCACGGGCUGGUUAUCAGGCCUUGGUAAGUUAUACUUACCGAUUCAUAUUCAGUAUUGAUUGAUUUUGAAGAUCGCAUGCUACAGUUGAUUUAUGUUUAAAACAUAAACACAAAUCACGUUUUAGUUAGUGUCACGACUCAUGGGCCGGCCCCUAGCAUUUGCCUUCUUGCUGGAGGACUCAGGCUUUCCCCUCGUACUUCAAGCUUUUAAACUCACUGUCACGAAUAAUCAAGCGUUUAUGCUCUUUCUAUAUUAGAUAUCAGAAUGAGAAAAACAUGUCCCACUAUUUUGCCUUGGUAUCAGUAAAAAGCAAUAACCAUUUCACGAUUGCUAUCGGCCCGUAAUCUUCCCGUCUUUCAGAAGAACUAUUGCGUCAAACUCCUCGGGAAUUUUGUUGAAGACCUCCGGUACUUCCGUCUUAAAUACAGUUGUCUUUUAAGUCCCAAAACUUCCAAGCUUUUAGCCAGUCGUUUGUGCUUUUUUGGGUAUUUUUGUUCUUCAAUUCUCCUGUAAACUUUGAACUAAAACGUGGUUACUUUCCACUAACUUGUCUGCCAUUUUGUUUUGCUUUGCUUUCGCGACUCUCUUGACUCUCAAUCAAUUUAAUUUCAGCUUUCUGCAAUCCAUUCUACUUUUUGCAUUCAGUUUCAACUCUCUACACAGUUUGGGAUUAACUGACGCCUUCUCAACCAAUGAGCAUGCUGAAAUUUUUGCAUGCAUAUUAGAGGUAACUGACGGCUAAAAUGUCACUUUUUCGGAAUACCGUCUAAAUGCCUCGAGUAACACAUUGAAACAGAUACAAGGUGCUUCGUAUGCCUCUUUGCACCUUUUUUCGCCGGGAAAACCGUCCUAAAUGCAGCUUCGUGAGUCAUCCGCCGUAAACGCUUCGAUUUUGAUCAUGUGACCUUAUACGUCACACGUGUGUACAUUAACCGAAAAAAAAAUGGCGGAUAGUACUUCGAGUGAAAGCAGUCCUAUUUCGGGGUCUUAUUAUUCGGAUUUUGAGGCCUCGAUGGAAAGUGAACAUGAUGAAAGGGUUUAUGAAUCCGUUGGUGAAAUCAGGCCCAGCCAAUAUGAACCGCCAGGACGAAUGUAACCUAAAAUAGAAGGCGGGGGUCAGAAGAGGAUCAAGAGCCCGUGCGCCGCGGCCGCCUCAAUCGAGAAAGCAAGAAUGGUGAGUGCAUUUGCGAUUGUAAAAAAGAUCUGAAAAUCAGUUGCUUUUCAAUUAUAGGAGCGAUCAAUUAAAGAAACCAAGUGUGUAGACUCUUGAAUACCGUGAGAGUGAAAUGUUUUUAUGCUACACGCACGCACCUUCCGAAGCUAAGGUUUCACUGACUAAAAAUACAAACAUACACGCUUGUGGAGGUGAAUUGGAUGGAUUAUACACGUUCACACGCGAUUGAAUCGGUUUCAAGUUUUCCUGUGUUGAAUUUGGCGAACGAUUGAAGAUUUCUCGGCUUUUACUUUAAAACACGAUGCAGCAUUCGCACAUGAAGAAUUGUAAAUAAAGUAAAGUAGCCUUAAGUUUGAGUUAUCUCUCACGUUUUUAACAGUUACAGAGCUGAUAACUGUUCCUUUUGGUGAAACCAAUCAUGCAAGUUGUGCUCUCUAUUUCUUCUGUUCAACAUCGUGAAAAAAAUUGCUAAUUUACUGAUUUUUUUAAUUACAAGGUGUUAGUGUGGAAACUGCCAAUCAAUGUGGAGGAAGGAACAAAACAUCAUUUGCCGAGAAACAGAUGUGGUCAAAAAUAAAAAUUUGCAGGAUGUUACAGUGGAACAGUUGCAGGCAGAAGCCAGAUGUAUUGUCCAGCAUCCAGGGUUUGAGGAAACUGGUGGAGGCUGACUACGUCUGCAUUUGCUUUGUUACAAAACAUCACUACACAGAGCUUCCCUGGUUUUCGUUUUCUUUGUUUUACAUCCUGUUGUUUUCCGUCCAUAUUGUAAAUGUCAACGCGGCUAAGAGUAGUACAGUUUUUUAUAACUUUUCCGUGAACAUAUAUGUAUAUAUAUGUAUAUAUAUAUAUAACAGUUUUUAAAGUUCAGGUCGUAAUUUGAGAAACAUUACCUACUUGUUAUUUCCAUAGCACGAGUUUGUCGCCGACUCUGUUCCUUUUUUUACCAAAGCCUGCGUUUUGAACGGUAGGAGCUAGGCAUUCCCAUGACAUGUGCUUUAAUGGUUUCCUCUCUCAGGCUGUCAGCUUGUUUUACUGUUCACUCAGCUGACAGUGGUACAUUUUUUCAAUUUUUUACUCGAUAAUGGUUAAGAGGAAAAAAUUAUGGGAACAUAUAUUUUUUUACAGCUGUUUGGAAUGGCGUGCAAACUACCUGUGGCUCUGAAUACAGGCACGCUAUCUGUCGCCUUUCAAUUAUUCAACCUUCGUUGUUUUAUUUCUCACUUCGUAUUUCAUAGUCUCUAAUUGGUGGCCUAUAAGAGAAUGGAACAAAUCUUAUUUUUUUCCGCUAGUAAAUUUCGGCAGCAGCUGAGCAGCCGGGACGAAGUUGUUACUUUCAGGUCUUGACAUGACGCUUUUCACUACCUUACACACGUGUGACGGAUCACAUCCUGACCUGGCCGUCGAUUAAGCGUCAAAAAAAAUUUGUAGAAAAUUUGAUUUUGCACCACAUAUCGUAAAUUUGCUCAUGUAGGAUUCUUUAAAGAAUGUAUUGGGACAAAAAAGGAGAACAUUUGGCGUCAGUUACCCUUUAAUGAUUUAGUUAUUUAUCGUAUCUGGCAUUACAUGUACAUAACAGCUACAGUUAUCAGUUGUGUGAACAGAUUCAAUAAACGGUGAGAUAAACAAAACGAUAAAUAACUUAUGCAAUAGAUCCAUGGUCAGUAGUUGAGAUACUUACAAGCACAUCAGCAAUAUUCUCUGCGAAUCCAAUUAUUGUUUUUCAAAGUGUUUUUUUGUAAAAAAAUUCAAGCAGCUCCUUUAAUUUAUAAGAAGGCUGGUGUAGUUUCAAGAUUGAUAAGUUUGGGCUCAUAUUUGAUAAAACUUGUAAAUUUUUUUUUGAGAAUCAAGGGAAUAAAUAUCACCUUUUUUUCAUUUUAUGUUUACAAUAGGUGGUCGUGCUCUUUCUUAAUGACUCGUUAAGCAUGGUUAAGGCUAACACUGGGAGUCCACAGCUCAUAGAGGAGAUAAAGGAGAUGAAUAUUAACAUCUUUCCCGUCGGUAUCGGGGAGCACGCCAAAUUAUCAGAGUUAAUUAAGAUGGCAACUAAAGAUGGUACAGCACGUCACUUUGGAGAAUUCGAGUCACACGAGACGUUGGGAACAGCUGUCAUACAAGGUAACCUGGAGAGGUUUAAAAUUACGAUAUCAAAAAGCCCUCCUUAGAAUGAUUAUUCUCCUAAUUGGUUUGGGAAAAAAUAAGAAAGUAUUGCAUGCACUUGUUACAAUUCGAAUUGAGGAAGGUUUUUAACGGUAUUAUAUUUUAAAAAGCUUUAACUUUUCUCCCCACUGCUCGGAAGUGUAACUGGCUUUAUAAUCGAUAUGUUUUACUUUCUUACAGGUAUCGAGGGAAAGACCAUCUAUGGUGAGGACGGGCUAUUUUUGGUAGCUAGAUUUCCAGAUCGUUAAACUUUUUUUUUCCAAAUAAUUUUCGUCAGAUCGUGAGUGCUUCUAGAGUUUUCUUUUGAUGGUCUCCAUUCUAAGCUCGCGUCUCAUUCAUUGUCCUACCGAGUAUAACUAUGAUUACUAUGAUGUCUUCCAGAGAAAUACAAGGAUUACUUUACGACUCCUUAUUUCAUCUUUUUCCGUGACACGCUGAGUUAUCUCAUCCUCCUCGUUCUUCACUUCGCCAUUUGCCUGUCCCCUUCAACUAUUGCCUUCAGUCGACUAGAAUGGGCCAUUUUAGUUUUCUUCCUGGGACGCGUUUUGAUGGAGGUGGAUCAGUUUAUUAGUCCUAAAAAGGCUGACAUGAAAGCAUGUAAGCUGUGUAGGAGGAAUAGAGAUGGCUCCAGCUACCAAGUAUGUUCACAAGAGGGUCAACAAGAGACAAAUGAGGCAGAAGAAGACAAUAUCUUGCGAAAGAAACUUAGUAAUUAUUUCAGGUAUUUCAGCGUUUUCUUUUCUGUUUCUUGUGACAAUACUAGAUUCUCAUUCAUGUUGGGGGCAUGUCAGCUAGGAAGGAUGGGGAAAAAGAGUUUACAGCUUGAAGACGAUAACAAAAUGAGCCACUGUUCUCAGCUUAGGUACACUGGUAAUUUUUUUAGAGCUGUAUCAUUAGUCAUGGGGUGACAUGGUUCACUGCCCGGGUUCAUUGACAGCAACCGAUUUUUAUUGUUUUAGUACACCAUUAAUUAGCUCGUACUCAUUGCAACAAUAAAUAGUGUACUUGUAAGAACUGAUUAUUUUGCCUCAUAAUUAUGAAAGGUUUAGCAGUUCACGGAUUCCCUUAAAUAGAUAAUGGUCUUCUAGUACUGAUAUCUACUACUUUUAUAGUGACCGUUGGAAUGUGCUUGACUUCAUCAUUCUUGUUUUCUACCUGAUUACCUUCAUACUGCGCAUAAUUACAUGGGUGAACUCCACGGACGCGUCAGAAAACUCACUCUUGGCUGUCUCAGAGUAUUUCUAUGGAUUUAUCGCCAUGUUUCUCACACUGAGAGCCUUUGGUCAAGUCAUAGAGCGCAAGCGGGGAAUGGGUGCGAUACAAAUCGCUUUGUUCUUUGUUAUCGGGGAUGUAAUGGCGAUAUUUUGGCAGUUUUUGGCCAUGAUUCUAGCAUUUUCUCUGGCUAUGACCAAGAUAUAUGUUGCUGAGAAGACCUAUACCUCAGGAAAAGAUUCCGCGGAGGAUUUGUGAGUACAUAUUGCGAUCUUUCUAAAUUAUCGAAACCGUGAGUGACAGAUUUUAACUUGUUGGGCCCAUUCAUUUGUUAGUCUUUUUAGUAGUGGGGUGGAAGAGCUUUCCUUUUACGUUAUGGAGGGGAACCUUAUGAAUGUUUAGGUACCCAAUGUAAGAAACAGUGGGCUAAAAAGCUAAUCAAGUGAGAUUUACUUUUUUUUUUGGAUGGGAGGCCUAACAGGAGAGUAAAACUACUCAGAUCAGAAUGUCAAACGUAGCAUGAAGGCCGAUUUUUACAGUCUUUAUGAAUACUCAAGCAGGAAAUUUCAACAAGAGGCCUCAAUAAAUAAGUCACUUCGUCGCGCCACUAAUACACAAAAGGUUUGAAAUCAAAUUAUGAUAGCCUGGUGCCCAUUAAUCAUCGCAGGGUCAGUCGUAGUCAUAAAUUGUGGAGUCAGUGACUUGCUAUACACUGACUUUUUGUGCUUCUGGAGGUAUAAGUUCAGGAAUGUUAGUUAAAAAUUUCUCUGGAACAACACAACCGUGUAAAAUAAAUUUGGAAGGGGGGGGAGGGUGGUGGUUAUGGGACAAUUUCUGUUGGUUAAACCGUAAACCAUAGCAACGGUUUCUUUAACCAUUCAUUUUCUCCUAUCAUUUUUAGGGCAUGCAGUGAUUCCGGGCUAAUUUGGUAAGAAUAAAAUUACAGCUUUUUUCUACUCUAAUUUUAACUUUGUACUCUGAUGUCUAAAAUAUACCUGGUUACACGAAAUUUUUGCUAACCUUGAAUUUCGCGCUUUCAAUAUGCCGCGAUUAUUUAAAAUGUUUCAAGCGUGAAAUUCUAUACCUGAGGGGUCGGAAAGGUUAAUUAAGGUCUCCCGGGAGGAAAAAAAGUGGAAAAAAAAAUCAUACUGAUGUGUUAAAAUAAGUACUGAUGUUCAACACCGUGCUUUACCAGCUUCAUCAUGAAAAUUUGCAGGAAAGACACUCUUUCCUUUCAUGGCAGCAGAUUUACUAGAACAAGAAGCAGAGCUUCGAGUGAAGAAACCUUCUUUGCCUCGCAUUCCCCUCGCGGCUUCGUGUCCGAUUAAUUAACGCUACUUCGCCACUUAAACCUGCAAAAAGGCCAGCCCAGCUAUUAGUUUAACUUCUUAGUUUAACUUCUUAAGAGGUACCUUACGGUUUCUCCUUCUGGAAAAAUCCAGACUUCAUCGUUGCUAUUUCUUUUUACCAGUGGUAUCCCUCAAGUUUAAGGUUAUCUUGUAAUAUUUCUUCAGCGUUGCUAUUUCUUUUUAUUAAUGGUAUCCCUCAGGUUUAAGGUUAUCGGUGAUAUUUUGGAUACCAACACGUAAAUGUGUUGAUAUUUGACUUGAUGGAGCUGACUAGGAAUCUUGAAAGCAAAUUUUGAAAUCGAUGAUCCAUGUAAGAGCAGUGACACGAUGGCCUCCAGGACACACACGUUUAAAAACAUUUAUGGCGGUCUUGACGAUUUCAAUUUCAAGAACUGAAUGGUGUUUCGAUCUAACUCGUUGCUUAUGUUCUUCAGUUGGUGGAACAUGGCGACACACCUUGGUUGGUCUUUACUGGGUUUAGCUGACCUGGAUAGGUUGAACUCCGUCGACAAUUCAUCCGUUUCUCUUAUUCAUGUGCUGUACAGCUUCUUCUUAAUCAUGGCAGUUAUUCUUCUCGUGAACAUGAUGAUUGCGUUGCUCUCCAACACCUAUCAGCAGGUUCAGGUACUAAACAGUCUCUCUGCCUUCGCUGAUGUAUAUUAAUUCUGUUCAUAACCCAGAGUUAAGAAAAUAUGAGAAGUUCUCGACUGUAAACUCGGUAGGACUUUUUUGGCGUAAGAUAUCAAAUACAUUUUUCGCAAAGUUCAAAAGAUUCUAUGAUCAUUUAUAAUUGUACUUUUGGCCGACUGAUGCUUUAGACGAAAAUGAUGGCGAAUAUUGUCCCUUUGGUAUGAUAUGUCAAAAUAUUCUUCCGCUAUAGGAGUGUCGCCUGUUAUCUUUAUUAACUGGUACUUCCUUAGAAGCUGUUAAGUCCCUCUCAUUCUUCUAUUAUCAGGAUAACUCACUGCAGGAGUGGUCUUUCAAGAGAGCCAUUACUGUAAGAACCUACAGCACCUAUCAUCCGAUACCAGUGCCCUUGAACCUUUUGUCUGUCCCCCUGAUGGUACUCUGGAACCUAUGUUGGCGCGACACCCCUGCUUCGCUCGAGGGCGGACGGGUAAGCUGAUAACACCUUGCCAAUUUUGUGAGUUUUCACAAGCUGCUGUUGUUUAAAGUUAUCGUUCACGUCUGCUCAGUGAUUUUACUUCACUUUCGAUGUGGCCUUCUUUGAUUCGACAGAGAGUAGCUCUGAAUAAAGUGGUGAAGAAACUAGAAAGGAUGUACUUCGAGAAAUAUGGUUAUGAAUUUCCCCUAACAGGUGGGUGAUAUGUUAGAUUAGUAGAUAGCCCCAGAAAUCUAUGAUAUGGUCUCACAAAAGUAUAUGGCGCAAAGUUAGUUAUUAGUUAUUAUCAAAGCAAUAGUUCUAGAGAAGUUUAAACCAUGACGGACAAGAAAUAAAAAAUCACAAAUUAAGAAUUCCAGUAAUGAUAAUCUAUUUAUAACGAGGCGUAUCGUAAUGAUUUUGCUGACUAGAUUCGGAAGAAGCCAAUUUAAUAUUUGGUUCCUCGCUUUGUUUUAGAGGGGAAAAAGAUAGAUCACUUGGUACAUGAAAACGAGGGAGGUCGAAAAUUGGCCAAUCAGAUUGUUCGACAAGUAUUCCAACCGCGUGGAAACAAGGAGAAGAAACUUGCGUCUGGCCACAGAGUGAGUGUUUUUGAGGCACACAUUCACAUGUUAAUUAAACAGGAAGUUUCCAUACCAUAUACUAUGGAUUCUGCUCCAUCAGCAUACACUUUUUUAACCAUUUUAAUUUGCAUUUUAACCUUUUCCCUCGAACACAAAUUUAAAUGUACGAUUGAGAAAACCUUUCAAGAAACGUUGUGGUGUAGUUUCCAUGUUCCUUUGAAAAAAAAACCGAACUUGUUUUGUAGUGACAUAGAAAAGCUGAUCUCAAAUGCUGCUCCGGGAAGUACAAAAAAGUCAACAAAAUUUGCUCUCAACGCGUGAUACGAAAAUUAAUGGGAGGGUUAUAGCUUGAAUAAAGCCCCUUUUGGCUUGCUGGUAUGUCGGCUGACAAUGUCCACGGUCGAGAGAUUGUCUUUAAGUUUUCAAAUUUCUCCUUGAAGCUUUGGUUCUUGGCCAAAUGUUCAUUCUUGGACAAUGUCUCAGCCGCAGACAUUUUCAGGUGACAUACCAGCCGCCUGAAGGGGUCCCUCGUGUUACUGAAGUUUUGUUCGAUUGUCAUUUAAAGGCGUGGUAUGAUUCGCCGGGAAUUGCUGUCGAUGGCUGUCUCCUAACUUACGUGGGACCUAAUUCCUGCAACAUAUGCAAAAGUGGAAAUCGUAAGAACAUUCACAGUGCUAAGUUCAAGUCUCCCUUUACACCAGAGACACCAAGAUUUGAGGUGUGCUUUUGAUUUAUAGAAAAUUAUUUGCGAGCAAAAAAUUUAAUUCAUAUACUUCCUGCUUCAUGAUAGAUUCUCUGAAGAUGCAACAUAAUUACAUCGCCUUUUUACCCUCUUCCCUUAAUAACCUCCCUCUUGUAGGCGCUGGUAUUCUUUUCUAUUUUGUAGCUCUACAGAUACUAAUUUUUCUAAGAAUGAACUUAACGGUGCCUCCAUAAUAGAAAGACCAGACCGGUUCCUGAAAAAGAUCUUUAUGUUCCUCUUGUGGUAUCCUAUUUUCACCUUUGCUUUCAUGGUAACGUGUCAACAUGGAUCUCGUUUGGGCACCUAACCCUGUAACACCUAAGAGCGACUAUGAUGCCAAUGUCUCCACACUUUAUUAUCCCUGAGUCGAACAUUAGGGUCACUUGGAUAAAGUAAAUGAUCACCAACCGAGAAAGCUCUUCAUUGUUUAAAUAAUUCUUCCUUGUCGGCACAAUUGUAUAGGGAACAGCAUGGAAAAUAUUCAUAAUUAUGUUAGGGUAUGAAAGAUUAAGUCAAGUUAUACGAACUUUGAUGGCCACCUUUGAAUAGUGCGAUGGUGCUAUCAUUCAGCCGAAAUUCCUUUUUGGAUUAAUCGUUUACAUUUAUAUUACUAUUAUUAUUAUUAUUAUUUAUAUUAGUGCUAUUGCUUUGUAAUCAUCAUCAUUAUUGCAGUUGUUAUCAUAGCUGCUUUUGUUAAUUGUUUCGGAUGUUGAUUGUUUAUAUUGUGGCUAAAACCGUCUUUAUCAUCGUUUUUAUUUUUUUUUGGUCAAAGUAACUAGUAUUCCCUCGGUCUCAUGAGCAAAAAAACUCAUUUGCAUACUGAAACAAAAAUUAAAAGCAUGGAACUUACGGCGACCGUAACAACAGAGUCUAAAAAACGAAAGUCCGUCAUUGUUUUGCAGGUACUUAUUCAGGAGACUGGGGAGAGGCGUAUUGUGGCACUGGGUGCUGUGCAUGAGUUGUACGACUGUCACAAAAUGCCUGGCUGGUAUAGUGGAACAGUCGGUUACCAUAUAGACGAUGGCAAAAUAUUUGAAACUGGCUUCCAUGAGCUGGGAAGAGAAGUCGAAGGUAUGGGUUACUCUGACGAUAGGUGUACGAUAUCUGCCACAAGGAUCUGUUGGCGCUUGGAAACAUAAUCAAAGUCUUACCGUCCUUCUGAGGGCGACCUUGCGACAGUAGGUUUCUGUUUUCCAAAAGAAAAAGAUUCAGAAAUUUUCGUUUGUGAACGUUAUAGGGAUCACUUUAAAAUCGUUAUAGACUCCUCGAGAUGAUUAUUCUGACGUGCAUGAGAUAAAUGGGAAAUGUAUUGUAGCUGUGUGAUCAAUAGAAUGUUGAACGUAGUUACUGUAAAAUCCAUGUGCCUAGAGUGUGAAACUGAAAAAACCCUGAAUCCUUCGAUCGUGAAGGGUUCCAACCCUCGCCUUCUGCUUGCCGAUCAAAUGGUCUACAGAGAACUCAUUUAAGGCCAAAGAAAAACAAGAUUCAUAUCAACAAAUGCUUGACGCUACUAGGAUCAUUUAUAUCGUCAACACUCCUUGUAUAAAUACAGUGAGGGAGAUUAAACUUUGUCUUCGAAUGAACGAAGAGGUAAGUAAUUGAUCAAGACCGAACAACAAGGAAAAAAAGUCCAAUUUCACAUCCUGGUAUUACACGGUUGGUUGCCUCAUGUUUAGCUUUUUUUGUUAUCUUUUUGCUAUUUACUUAAUGUUUUCUGUUGAUAACUUAGGAGCCAUGGCUUACCGCGGUGAUCUCAUCGCUUGUGAAAUUGAUUUUAGUGGAGUCCCCGAGGGGAAAGUCUCUGUGUUGUUCUCCUUGAACGGUAGAGAAGUAGCGCGUUCUUCAGUGGAGUAUACUGAGGGAAAUAAACUAUUUCCCUUCGUUUCAUUGGGAUUUGAAGGCAUUACAGUGCUCACCAAGGUAUGUUCGAAAGAGGGAGGGGGAGGGGGGGGUAAUGGGCUAGAAAUUGAAUCUAUAAAUGGUUUGGUUUCAUCAGUAAUCUGCCAACAUAUCAUACCUCGGCACACUCCUCCAGCUACAAUUAAUCGAGAGGUUGUUCCUGUGACCAAAUUGAAAGCAUGUGGAGAGGGAGCUCUCUCUACGGCAGCUGUCAGGCUCUAGAAUCAAAGGAAGAACUUUGUCGUAUCCAGUGUUAAAAAUACCACAAAACAUUUUGCUCAAGUCUGUGUGAUUUUAAUAUUUGCGAACAUUUACAACUUUCUACCAAAAUUCAGUGCCCUGAUUGCUCUUAAUUAAGGUACGAACAAGGAAAUAGCGUGUCGAUCUAAUUUUUAAAAUUCUAUAUCAGGCAUAUCUGUAUUCCAUAAUUGUGGACAUUAGAGUUUAUACUUCACACCUGUGAUCAUGGCUGCCCUAAAUUUUCGUACUUUUCUUUUUCAAAGUUGAGACGUUUGAUUUCCACACGUUUUAGAUGUGCCAUCGUGACAGAGACCGUUUUAGUAGAGUAACAAACGAAGACAUUCAGAAGGAAAUUGGAGAUCUGCGACGUGAUUUUCAGAAUCAACUUACCGAGCAAAGGAGGAUGUUGUCAGAAAUGAGAAAUUUAGUACUGCGUUUGAAGGAAGUAAAGGAUAAAGAUGAACAAGAAGAAGAUACUAAGAAACUGGCGGGUGACUUAAGUUAA